AUGGAGCUCGACGAUUCCUGGGAUCCUGAUCCCUUACCAAGUUGCAGUUCUAGAAAUCAAUCUCAGCCUCGAUCCAAAAAGGAGAAAACUCAUCACUCUUCAACACAACCGGAACUGCAACCUCAUUACUACCAACAACUUAAAACUUCUCAUUCACAACACCGAGGUCGGAACGCACCCAUGAAGCUUUAUCAAAACUUUUCAGACGAUGAAAGCUCAUCUGAUGAAUACCCUGUCGUCUUGCAACAACCGCAGAUCAAUCAUAAAAGAGUGAUAAGUCCCGCUCAAUCUGCGCAGGAUAGACGGAAGCGACAUCAGAGUGAGCACCCAAGUCGCUUUGAUCGUGGCCGCACAACAAAAGUAGAGGAGGUUGUGUAUGAUCAUAUCUCGGCGAUCUCGCGGUCUCGCAAUAAGUCCGUUGCCCGCAAUGACGCUCAAUAUAAGGUUAGGGCAAAUGAUAUUUUCGAAGGGUAUCAAAAUGUCGCAAACACCGUGGCAGUCAGUAGAGAAUCGGUCGCUCGUAGCCAUUCGCGUGCAAGAGACUUAUAUGAGAAUCAAGGCUAUACUAUAACGGAAGAUUACAGCCAGCAGUUCGACAGACAACCAAGUGUCUUUUCACCUCAGAAGAAUGCUCAAACUAAGGGGCGUACGAAGGAGGGGCUAACCUACGAAUCUAUGCCGCCUGUUACAGAUGCUCACAGACCAGCUGGUCGAGAUUGUAAAGAAACUUCAAGAGCCAAUCACGAAUCAGUCGGUACACCCAAACAAAGGCAACGGCAUGGUUAUUCUCGUGCACAAAGUCUAGCCCCGCGAACCUCCAACGGCAAUAGUGAUACACAAUAUCUGGGCACUGAAAAUGGUACGUACAGUGUCAGAACUCAAAGACAGGGAAAGGGGCCCCAACUUCGCUCGCCAUUAUGGUCAAGCCAUGAUUCUGCUGUACCCAAACCUUCCUCUGCUAACAUAUUGCAAGGGAGAACUGACAAGUCUACCUUGAUGAAGCCACUCCCACAUACGCCAAAUAAUCAGUCCGUGAGAAUUAGAUCAGUUGCCUCUGAUCGCAUGCAGAGCAACUCAAAUCAAGCCCGAACGAUCGAUUAUGGUCCUAUUGAUGACGACGAUGUCUACGAGACACCAUUGGAAAUUGAUCUUCGCCGUAGAUCCAAGUCUCACGCGAGGGCUCAUAAUGGUCCCAUGAACUUCAUAAAUGCUCUACCAAAGUCUAGUGUAUUUCGAAGAAAGAAUUCCGAAGUCGCAGAGCAGGUUCAUCAAACUCCAUCCAGUGAUUCAAAUAGAUCUAACAAUUCGGGGGUCACUAUCGAUCUCGUUACGCCAGAAAGUACUCUUUGUGCCCGCAGUUCAAUGCCUUUUAUACCUCAACACUGGACUCCAACGAGAAGAGGCCCGAUCAGAGUAUCGACUUCCAUGGAACUCUCUUAUCAGGAUGGUCUUGGCGCUAAAAGUGAACAACAACCUGGUCAGAAUACUCAUCGGCACCAAGCCAAUGAAUCUAGCCCUCAUAAGGGACAACAGCCUGAAGAAAAUAUUCGUCAACAGCAAGCAGCUGAGAAGAUUAUCCGGCAAGAACUCAAUGCUGAUAAUGAAGCUUUGCAAGAAGAACUAUUUGGAGCAGUUAUUGGCGAAACUGAGGGAGAAAAGAGAGAGCGUGAAGAAGCUAAACGCUUGGAAGCUCAGAGAUUGCGGGAAGAGAGAGAGAAGCAAGAUCUCAUUGAUGCCGAGAGGAAGCGAAAGAAGAAUGAAGCAAGAGCCAAGAAAGAGAGCGAGAGGAAAGCGGCUGAGCAGGCCGAGAAGGAGAAAGAAGUAGCAGCAAAAAAAGCCAAACGCGACGCCGAACGCCAUCAUCAAUCUUUGAAAGAGCAACAGAAUGCAGACGAGAGACGCAAGGCCGCAAAUAAGUUACUACAAGAGAAGAGAGAAAAAGAUUUGGCUGCGGCCAAAGCUGCUGAGGAAAAAGCACAAGCUGCAGAAAAGGAAAGGAAAGAGAAUGAUGCUAAGUUUGAGCAAAUGAAACGGCAAUUGGAAAAGCUUGAGGCGCAAGUCAAAGCAAAAUCGAUUGCGGAAUUGAAGCCUGCGAGAAAACCUACGGCUGUGGAAGGUGUCUCAAACAAAGUUAACUCUCUGCCUCCUCAAGUCACGCCUUCAACAAGCAUGGAAAUAGACAAUGAAAUUCCAUUAUCCACUACACAGACCCAACUAAAACCUGUGAAUGGAACCUCAAACACGGAAAAGACUUUACCUCCUCAAGCCACACUUCCGACAAACAUCGAAGUCGAAGAUGAAGACACACUGUUCGUUUCAGACAAUCGAAAGACAGUUGUCGAAGCCACUCCCGGACGGCAAAUUUCAAACGGUCUCCAAAAUACCACAGGAAGCUUUAGUAGUGACUCGACAAUUGUUCAGUCCAUAGGGUAUGAUCGACCCCCUACUAGUAUGACUGAGAUCUUUGCCAAGACAAUUCUCAAUCCAAGUGGUGACAAGACUCUCGAAGAUAGAGACGCAGAGCGUGAAGCUAUUCGCAAAAAUAGAGCAAAUGAGAAUGCAGCUGCCAAGCAAAAACGAGCCAAGUCCAUACCUGCGGAGCCAAACCUUGAAACAGUUGCUCAUAAGGCUGCUCUGCAGGCAACUCCAAAAGCGCCAACAAAAAGCCCGUCAAAGAAGAAACGAACCCAGUCACUGACAAAGUCAUUAGGGGGUUCCAUAUUCAGUGUUAAGUUACAACCUCUAGCCGGACAUGAACCCGAAGGGUAUGUCCCUCGCGAACAACCAGAAGAACCUCAGAAUGCCUAUAAGAAAACUACUACAGAGCUUACAGCCUCGAAACCGCGCCCACUUCCAUUGUCUUUACCUCUUCCUCUUCCCCCACCAGUAAGGUCUGCUACUACUUCAAGUAGAUUAGAAACUCGUCUGAUUUCACAGGCAGAGCGAGAGGAAAUUGAAGCUAAUCGCCAAAGAGUCCAGGCUGCGGCACAGGCUCGGAAGGAAAAUUCGAACAGAGCAAGAUUGGAGGAGAAAAAAGCUGCAUCUGCGAAAAAGAGAACAGUUGAAUAUCGCAAGAGGAAAGGAAAAGAACUCAUUGAAGAAGCUCGUAAGGAAGGUAGAGUAAUAGGUGAUUCCGAGCUGGAAGCUAGGCUUAACAAGUUAAUGGAGAAGCGAGAGCGCGAGAUAAAGCGAAAAAGAAAUCGUGCAGGAGAAAAGACUUCAUCGUACGAACAUGAACGUGAAAAUGAACCCGCUCCUGGUACCAGCAUACCUAACGAUUCUGGCAUGGUGGUGGCACAAGUCUCUUCCUCCGAUACUACUAGCGAUUCUAAUCAAAUUGAGGAUGAUGAUAAUCCUCUGACUCUAGAUCUGAAAGAGCAUAAGAUCAAAACGGCUGAGGUUUUGAAAGAACGGGCGCAAUCGCAUGCAGCUCGACGUACCCAACCACAACCAGUGAAAAGACUGGAACCAAUUUUUGACUCGGACGAGUCGGAAGAGUCUGAAGAGGAUCCGAUUGAUGAUGAAACUCUAGAAAUGAUGAUGGAACAAGCUCGAAAAAAUAAUGCUCUUACAGAGGUUGCAAAAACUGGCGAAAAUAACGGUGAGAUCCAAUCAGAAACUCGGACUGCGGAAGAGAUUGCUCUUGAGAAAGAGAUAGAAGAUCUUUUCGAAAAAGAUCCAAAUGUCGGAGAAGAGUCUCAAGAAGCAACCGCUACACUCAACCCCGAUGAACAUAGUGCACAGAUCGUUCCACCAAUGCCCAAUAUGACAAGAUACUUUGAGAGUCAAUCCCCUCCACGAUCUUCCAUUAAUCUAGAAACCCAAUCACCGUUACUCGCAGCACCUAGUCAGAUGGUCAGAACAGUACCUUUCAAACCACAGGGGCCCGUAUCAUAUAAAAUGGUCAAUUUAUAUAUGGUAAUGACACAAGUGACGCUUCAGGAAUAUGAAGACGAAGUUGUUCUCAAGAAGAAGUUUUUUGAUCUUGAAAAGGCCAACAAGCAUGCACAGAUGCUUGUCAACGAAUGGAGAACCAAAAUGUUUAGACAACAGGAAAUUCUGGAGAAGUGGGACUCUGAUCGUAUGUAUCAUGGUCAAAUCGUUCACGAUGAACAGAAGACUACCAAGGUCUUUGUCAUGUUUAAGCCGAUGAACUCCGAAGAUGCUGACAGAUACGAUCCAACACUGGUACGCCCGAUAUUUGCCAAUCGAUAUUACACGAUCCGAUUUGAGAAAGUCGUCGAGGAAAUUGAUCCUGAAACUCAAAAAGUCUGUAUGACAGACCGCACUGCUGGAUUUGCAGAUGCGAGCAAGCUAUACACGGUUUUAGAAAUGGCGAAUCAUGCUGCUGCCGAAUAUCUCGCCAAGGAAGUCAAACCCAAGGGAGAAGUUGAGGAGCAGCAUACUGCGUACGAACAACUCAUCCUCCCGCAAGUGAGGGCAGGAAGAGAUGAUUGCAUCCAAGCAGAUCAAUUGUUUUGUUGCGAGGUGACUCGCGAACAAAUUCCUUGGGCAGAUUUCGAAACAUUCGAAGUUAGCGUGGAAAUGUUCAAGACUGAGGGCCCGAUUAAUUGA